UCUUGUACCACUCAGUUUAAAUUGGGAGAAGGUAUCCUGCUGUCAAUAGACUCCUCAUUUGACACUUGGAUCUUGAUAGAUGUUCUGUUUGGUCUUUGGCUAAUUCAUUCCUCCAUGCCGCAGCUACUACGCUGUGUACGUUUACAAGUCAUUGAAUUUAUUGUGUGUCGUAUUUUCAUUCCGCGAAAUCUGUAACAGUUUUUGUAAGCCUUUGCCCGUCGUAAUAAGCAUUCGUUAUGAGUUUCAAUACUGAGUGGGACAUCGAUAAAUAUAAAACUGAGUAUGAGAGCGAAGAACAUUGGCAACUGCGACGCUGCUUCAUGGAGACUCAUAAAAAUAAAUUUCCAGAGGAACGCCUGGUUUGUCUUGCUCAAGUUUUCACCAAUAUUGAAUUUAUGGGGUGUCGCUACCCAGCAGAAACCAUGCAGCUGGUUGGCCAAUUAUCUCAGGGUGUUGCUGAUGGAUACCGUGAGAAACAGAAAACAAAACUGCAGAGGACUUUUGUCAAAGCUUCAGAUGCUGCUGGAGCCAAAGUUAAAGGACUGAAACGUCCUUUGGGAGAUGCAGCUGACCCAUCGGAUUCUCCUCCCAAAAUUUCUAAGGGUACAGACAGAAUCGAGUUGCCUCAGAAAAAUAUUUCUAGUACUUCUGAUAUCUCAAAGUGUCCUGGAAAUAUCCAGUUGCCUGAGACUGCGGUUUCAUCAACUUCAGAGACCUUGGAAGGUGUAGAAAAUGUUCAGCUUCUGCAAAAAACGUAUUCCUCAACUACUGCAACUCCACAGUGUUCAGAGACAAAGCAGUUACCUCGAAAAACAACUUCAACAAAAACAAGGGCUGUGGGAGAUACCAAUAUUAAAAGUACCUCUUCUGCAUCUCAAUUUCUCAAGAAACGUGCCUUUGUUCGGGCAGCAGAAUCCUCAAUCAAGGAAGGAACAGAUCGGCAGGAGAAUAAUGCAACUGAAAAGAAUGGUUGUGAGGAAAACUCCAGUGAAGAUGAUUGGAGGUUAAUAAAAAAAGCACAAUCAAAUCGUCGCAAAUUGAAGAAUGCUAUUUCCAAUGUGGAUAAAGCUUUCCAGAGAUGCUACAAAGAUCUCAGUGGAGACUUAUCUCAAAUGCAGACCAGACCAUAUGGCAACUUGUUCUUAUUUGAAGAUAUUAACUGCCCACACCCAUUCCAAGUAUUAGCUUUCUCUACGUCUCAGUGUCGUAUUCCAUUUAGAAUGGAGUACAGUGCUGAAUUAACCUCAACGUGUUGUAAAAUUUUAGUAAAUGGUCUUGUAGUGGUAUCUGUGUCAGGUCCAAGCAAAAAAAUUGCAAGAGAAGUUGCAGUUAGGUGUGCUUUGGAGAAGUUGAAGGAUGUUUGUUAUACACUGAAAGUAAAGAAGGAAAGGAUUCCAGAAGAUCUUGUCAUUGAAAUGGCGACACUUACCUCUGUUGGACAGUCCGCUCCUAGAGAGAGUCGUCUCAUCCCAUUGCCUAAGGCAGCUGCUUUAGCUACUCCUCUCCCUGAAGAUAACAUUGGGAGUAAAUUAAUGAGGUCCAUGGGAUGGACAGGGGGUGGGUUGGGAAAGGCUGAACAAGGAAUACAAGAACCUGUUAGCGUCUCACUGAAAGUUAAUAGGGCUGGACUUGGUGCCCAGGACCAAAAAAAGAAAGUUGAGUCAAAUUUCAAGGCAAAAGUACAACUUUAUUUAGCACAGUAUUUAAAACUUGAUUUUCCUCCAAACCUGAUAUUUAAGAGCAAUGAAUUCUCUAUAGCAGAGAAGGGUCUUAUCCAGCAGGUUGCUAAAGUAAUGGGUUUAGAGUGUACGAAUAUUGGAAAUGGUGAUGAGGUACACUUAAAAAUCUCCAGGAAAGAUACAAUUAAUAUAAUUGCAGCGUUAAUGCUGCGACGUGGUGAAUAUUCAGAUGAAUAUUAUGAACUCCUUCCACCUCGCAACCCUUCAACACAGCAUCAUGAACCCGAAUGCCUUCAGGCCUCAGAUUUUCCACACCUUUGUCGCCAAGAAAGCAGUGAUACCAUUUAUCAAAAAUAUGUUGAUGGAUAUAAUGUACUUGAAAGUGAAGUGGUUUUCGGAGAUCUUGGGGGCUUCCUAGUAAAAAAUAUUACCAAAGGAGUAAAGAGUAUUAGCAAAAGGAAAAGAGGAAGGAGAAAAGAUAAAUUUGCUAGAAGAGCGGCGAGAAGAUCAGAAAGAGUAGUAGAGAAGCAGUUUGUUCCCAAAAGAUCUUCACCAAAGCCUUAUGCUCUAGAUGCAAUUGCUGCAGGGCCUUAUGGAAACUUCUUUCUUGUUGAGUGUAAGGGUGAAAAUUUGGACAAAGUUGCCAUAAUACACAGGAGUGCCAAGAACAACUAUGUUCCAGUCACAUAUCGAUAUGGAUGGUUUGCAAAUGGGGCGUAAGUGUGUUCAGUGAAUUAGCUCGUUAAAAUUGCCACUCCACUACUUAGCAUUUUGGCAUUGUAAGUUGAUUAGUAUUGGCCCUGGAUAUAGCUAUUUAAUUUUGGAACUGAAUGGUCACUAGCUCGAGGUAUUUCCUUCCUUCGGUUUUUGGGGCAAGAAUAAAAUAAUUGUUUGUUGUAAGCAUUCUUAAAAGAAAGUGACUUCAUAAGAUCUUUUUUUGGAAACAAUGAUUUUGUUUUCUAUCAAAUUCAAUAAUUUUUACUUUCUAAUAAUUCUAUUUAAUACGAAUGGUUUUCUUUUUCAAAAAUGUAUACUGUCAAGAGGAGGGUGAGUGCAGAUAAUUCAUGACAAGUAGCAGUUAGAAUUCAGAAUGCUUUUGAAAAUGUGAAGACUUGUGAUUGCCUUGACCUUGUCUAUUGAAAUUAUUGCAAUCCUAAGAUGACUUCUUCAUAAUCUUCAGUUUUAAUAUUUCACAGUUUGUUGGGAAUUUUAAUUGCAGAAAAAAUAACUAAAAUUUAUAUUUUAGUACAUUUUGUAAUAUAUUUAUAAUUCAAUAUGGGGAGGUGCUAUGAGAAGAAAAUUUUUACCUUCCCUUAUCACUAAAUAUAUAAACACACACAUCAACUUUUCUUGAAUUUUGAUUGAAUAAUAACUUUUUUCUCAAGAAACCGUGUUUAUGCAUAGAUGUGUACUUCGGGUAGGUAUUUAGAAUAAGUUCAGAAAUCCCUGUGUUAAGAAUCUUUACUUUUGUGAACUAAUUCUGCAAGAAUAGAAUUUACCUGCUGUAGUUGUGUAUCAUUCAAGCAAGUAUUUUUUUAAAAUUAAUUUUAUUUAUUAUUGUUACUAUACUCUACUGAUAAAGACUUCAAUGCAUUGUGGUUUGGGAAAUCUUCUCAAAGCCUGUUGCUGUGAUUUUCAGAAGUAGUAAAUUAUUUUGAGAGUAGAUGGUCUUAUUUUAGUCAGCUCAAACCCUGGAGCAAGCAGCAACUGGCAACAGGCAUCCAGCAACACAAAAGCACAGGCUCAUGUAUUAAAUUAACUUUUUAAAGAAAGUAGAAUUGUUCUUUCAUACAAAAUGUCAUGUCAGUCAUUUUAGAUGUACACACAUGGUCUGAGGUUUUGUAGUUUUAUGGCUAAAGUUGGUGUUCUUUUAUUUUCAACUUUCGCAUUUGUAAUUUUCUGGAACUUCUGAAUUUCUGACAAAAACAUUUCAGAAAAGUUUUUAAUGGAUCAAGAUUUUGUCGUCUAUUGAUCAAAUCACUUAAUUUAUUUAUUUAUUACUUUAUACAGCAACCUUUCCUUUUCAACAUGCCGCAAACAAAGUAUAUUUUAUAGAAAAUGGCACAGAGAAGAAACAAAACGAUUAAAAAAUUAUUUGACACAAAUCAGAGAAGUAUACAGUGCCAUGAUAAAAUUUUGAUGAAAUAUUUAUUUAUGGUUUUUCUUUAUAUUUAUUCUCAAGUUACAAAGUUUCUGACUUUCACAGUUGUAUUCUUGGAAUUUAAGUGUUAUUGCAUAGUUUGAGUUAGUAAAAAACACUGAAUUAUGCUGUGCUUCAAUUUCAAAAUCUUCAAAUCAAAUGCUUCAUUUUAAAGUUUAUAAAUUUCAAUAAGAUUUAUUUCAGAUGUAGAUUUCUUGAACAAAUUGCCUAUUAAAUUGAGGUAUGUCAUGUUUUGGUCCUUAAGAAAUAAAAUAUGAAAUACAAGUUUGGAAAAAUGUAUUCAAAAUAAGCCAAAUAAUUUCUUGAAAACUAGUUGGUAUGAAGGCUUUACUUGUGCUACAGAUCAAAAUUUGCCAAUAUAAUUCAAGUUGAAAUUUUGUAGUUAUGAACAUUUUUUUCUAUUUGUUCAAAAAUCUGUUCAUUGUAAUUAAACCGUAAUAUUCUGAAACCAUGGAUAAGUCUAAGAUCAUAGCAUUUCAGUUUACAUUUAUAUUGGACAUCCUUUUUCAGUCUUAAUUUUUUUGUUUUUAGAACUUGAGAAUUCUUCAUUCUCAGAAAUAUCUGCCAUAUGCUAAUUUUUGUGCUUCCAUGUGGAGUUGACCUGAUUUUGGUAUGCAGUUGCAUGUUGAAUAUUUUUAGCCAUUAGAGCAAAAUCCCAUACAGCUAACAUCUAAAAGUACUUCAAGUGCUAUUUGAGAUAUUGGUGAACCAAUUUUUGUACGUGAAAUUUUCAAUAUUUAAUUAAAUGCAUUACUAACAUGUAUGUUCUAUUGAUGAGUCGAGUGUGUCAAAGUAUCAAAGCACUUGUGCACUGUAGUUGUAGAUCAUACGCUAUAUUGUGACAGGGUCUUCUUGAGGUGGAUACGAAGCCACUUGUAUGGACGCCUGGUGACAGUGGAGCACUUGGUGCAAUUUUCAAAGUCACUCCUGCUCCUGGAGGUUUCUCCAGGACAACAGCUGAUGAGGCCUGAGGGUCUGCAAAGUAUUUGUCAAUAAUCAUCUCUUAACAUCGGCAUGUGACUUCACCAGAAAGGGGGCUCAUAAACUAGCCGUUGAGGAUGCAUAUGAUAAAUUAAAACAGAUAUGCUAUGUUUUGAAGAUAAAUGAUGGUAUUGAUCCAGAUGAUCAUGUAAUUGAUCGGAAUGAGUUGAAAAAGUUCGAGUCUGAGCCCACUCAAGCUAACUCCUUGGAGAAGCCAUUACAAGAAAACAUUGGUAGCAAAUUAAUGCGAGGUGUGGGAUUGACUAGGGGAGACCUUGCAAUGGAGCACCAAGGAAUACACGAACCAGUAAGGCCAUCAGUACAAGUAGAAAAGGCAAGUGUUGGCCUUCAAGACAAAAAAUUGCACAAAGUUAACGGGAUCGAUAAAUUCAAAAAACAAAUGUCCAAUUUGUUAUCAGAGUAUAAAACAAAAAAUGAACCGUAUGGAUUAACUUUUUCAUCUGAAUUCACUAGAGAAGAAAGAAAAAUAACACAUCAAUUGUGUUUAAAAUUGAAGCUAAAAUCUAAAAGUUAUGGGGAAGGAGAAGAGAGGCAACUGGUUGUAUCACACAAGGACUACAAUGAAGUUGUUGAGGAAAUGUUGCGCUCUGGAGAGUAUUCAAAUUCAAAGUAUCAGCUUAUAAAGCCACCUAUUGCUUUACCACCUGAAAAUAAAAAUGAGGCUCAAACCAGUUGUGAAAAUAAUGUGAAAUGUGAGGAUGCGAUUGUCAGUCCAGUAGAACCCACUGCUCAGGUUCCUGAGGAUCAACCACCCCUGGCUGUUGCUGAUUUACCUCGUGAAAAUAUUUCGCCUGUAAUUGUUAAGCCAGUUGAUACUGCAGUGCAGAAUGUUGUUGAUGGAGAUUUAUGGAGAAGAACAGAUGGAAUCACAGGACCAUUCGGUAGCCUUGUACUAAUAGAGGACGAAACAGUUGUUACUCCUAUUCAGUUAAUUGAACGAUCAGCUAAUGGAUGUCAUAUCCCUUUCAAAUUUGAAUAUGGUAAUGCGGGGAAAGGUGGCAUGGUUUGUAGGCUGUUAAUUAACAAUAUUUUGGUUGCAUCAAGCACUGAAGUCAGCAAAAAACGAGCUCGAGAAGUGACAGUUAGCAGAAGCUUAUUGAAACUGAAAGAUGUUUGUUGUACAGUAAAGACCCAAAUUAAAAUGGUAGAUGGUUCUAUAAGUAUAAUUAAAUGUUUGAAGAAACCAAAUAAAAGAUCUGUAGGAUAUGGCAAGGAUUCAGAAAAGCACAUUGUGUGUGUUUCAAAGGAAGUUGAUUGGCCUUCAUUAGGUAUGGAAAAUGGUGUUAAAGCUCUUUCACUUGUUACAUUCAAAGACAAAGUAAGAAAAUUUUUGAGAAAAUAUCAAGCUGAUAGUUGCCCUUAUGAUUUGAUUUUUUCACCGGAGUUUUCUGCACAUGAAAAGUCAUGGAUUCAGAAAAUAGCUUCAGGUCUUGCUUUAAAAAUAACAAAGUAUGAUGUUUCAAUGAAAGAGUAUAUGGUAAUAAACAAAAAGCUAUCAAGUAUAGAAUUGGCAAAGGCAAUAUUGACAAGUGGUGGCAAUGUAUCUGCUGAUUCAGUUCAACUUGAAAAUAUAUUUCUCCUUUGAGACAGUUUCCUGAAGGACAAGGAAUGCGAGGCAACACUCGCACAAACAUAUCAAGCAACUCCUUGCCUGUGGGAUUUGUGACCAGAAACUGGCGGCCUGCUGGAGAUGCAGCAAUAUUUGUGAUUAUGCCACACAUGGACAUAAUGAAUUGACUUUCAUCAGCACACUGGCCUGGCAUGUGGGAAUCAUAGGUCUCAAUGAAAGAGACGAGGGUCCCAUUAACAAUGUUCAGGAAAUCACCCAUCUUGUUCUGCGCAACAAUGUAGCAUGUAACUCUCACACUAUUAAGCAUUUUUCUUAAUUGUUAAAUAAAUUAUUCAGUAAAAUUUUCAUGAAAUGGGACCUAAAAAAACAGAUCUGUGUUCUAGAGGUAUUAUUCUGAAGGUAAAUGUACUGAUUUUAUGACAGUGGAAUCUGAAAGGAGACUGCAAUGAUUCAUGUACAGUUCACAGAGAAAGGAGUAUUAAAUUGAUCUGAACAAAAAAAGAUUUCAGGAAUUUGUUAUUAAGCUCAAUAAAUUAUUAUUAUUAUUAUUAUUUUGAAGCGAGUGGUAUUUUAAAAAUAUUUCAUAAUAUUAGACAUUUGGUGCAUAAAACAAAUGACAAAAAAUGUUGGCAGUCUGCAGUAUCCUUGUUGUUCAUUGUUACAUGUAAUACUGUUUUGAUGAUGUACUGUUUGCCUUUUAAAAAUGAUUUGGAAAGAUGUUAUUUUAAUUUCUAAUAAAAAACAAUGACCUUAGUAAUUGAAGUUCAAAUUUUUGUGUUCUUACAGUUAUUUACAUUCUGCUUACUAUAUGUAGUGAAAGCAUUCAUGUCAUUGUAUACUUGUAUAUAAAGCUGUUAAAAAUAUAUCUUGUUUCAUA